AGAAGCGUACAAUUUGUCACCUCGGAAUCUUGAAUGAAAAAUUUCAAGUGUGACUAAAAUAUAAUUUUUUCCGGAAAAUCAAUAAUUACUGUUUAAUUAGUUAACAGAAUUAGCAUAAUGAGCUUUCAAAAGAAUCCUCCUUGGCAGAAAAAUGUUGGAAUGCCUAAUUUUCAGCAGCAAAUGAGCUUACAACAGCUUAAUCAGAUUGGAUUUCUCCAAAAUCAGCUUGGAUUUACCAACGCUCAACCUAUGCUUCAAAUGAACCAGCUUGUCAAUCAAGUUCCUGCUGUUCAAUAUCCAUCAGCUCGGGUUAACACUAUAGCUUUCCAACAACAGCCAUCUCCUCAGUCAAACCAAAAUCUUCAACAGUCUCAACAACAACAACAUCAACAGCAGCAGCAGCCACAGCAACAACAACAAACGAAAUAUAACGCAACUCAGAAAGUAUUUUCUGGUACAGGUGUUGUGAGCAAGAUACAAAAUGAUAUUGGCUUCAUUGACGACGAAGUUUUAUUUCAUAAAAAUGUCUGCGUGAAAGGUUUAUCCCCGAAACUAGGCGAUCAUGUCCUCGUGGAAGCUUCUUAUAACCAAAACAUGCCAUUCAAAUGGAAUGCAACGCGUGUUCAAGUCCUUUCUCGAAGCAAUGUUAGUCCAGUUAGUGGAAACAUGCAAUCGAGCAACAAGAAUUAUAAUUCUGUGCCACCUCCAAGAGACUCAGUUCAAGAUAAUUACAGAAGUCGUCGAUAUUCGCCUGAACGUCGCAAAUCUCCUGAAAGACGUCCUAGAUCCAGAGAUCGUCGCGAUAUUGAGGAAGACACUGAACGUAAACGUCGACGUGAGGAGCGCGAAAGAGAUCGUGAAAGAUCUCAUCGCCCUCGUGAGUCAUUGGAACGUCGUGAGCGAAGUCCAUUACGAAAGCCAUCGCCAAAACGUCGAAGAGUUCGUGCAGUACCACGUUAUAUGGUUCAAAUUCCGAAAUUCUCUUUAACACUUCCAAACGCUGACAUUAUUGAGAUCAAAAAACGUUAUCACAAUCUUUACGUUCCUUCUGACUUUUUCUCAAGUGGAGUCAAAUGGGUUGAAGCCUUUCCACCAAAUGCUCCAUUUUCGAUCAAUAAAACUUGCUCGUUUCAUGUGAUGAGCAAGGAAGUUGCGCCUCUUGAUGCGAUUGAUGCUGUUCUUGAUCCUCCAGACGCUGACUACUUGUACUCAGCUAAGGUCAUGUUGAUGUCAACUCCAGCAAUUCAUGACAUUUAUAAAAAAUGUUUUGUUCGCGCUGAAGACAUGGGCAGUGAAAAAAUCGAUGACAUUGAUCGUGACUUUGUUCAUCCAACACGAUUAAUAAACUUUUUAGUUGGAUUGCGUGGAAAGAAUGAAACAAUGGCGAUUGGCGGUGCUUGGUCGAAGAAACUCGAUGGUGAGAAUCCCCAAUCAGAUCCAACUGUUUUAAUUCGCACAGCAAUUCGCACGUGCAAAGCUUUGACAGGAAUCGACUUGUCAAAUUGCACACAGUGGUAUCGAUUUGUAGAAUUAUAUUACCGACGUUCCGAACAGGCGAAAGACAAGAAUGGUGGUAGCAGCAGCAGCAGCAGCACAAAGUCGCCAAGAAUCGAGACAACAGUUAUCUUUCUGCCUGACAUGUCGUCGCUGAUGCCGAAUCGAAUGGAGUGGGAGAACAUUAAUCUUCGCUACAAAGAAGCAAUGAAAGCUUUUCUUGCUUCAAAAGAGAAGCCGCAAGUUUCAGAUGAUGAUGUUCCGGUCAUAACAAUUGCUGAUGACAAUGAUGGUGUCGUUGUUGAGAUGUCUGCUUCAACCUCAGCUGAGAAUCAAAAAAAUGAUGAUGAUAAAAAUAGUGUUAAGAAAUCUGAUGAUGUUGUUGGAACGAUGGAAGAUGAAGGCGUGGAAAAGGAAGCUGACGCAUCAACAGCAGCAGCCGUGGUUGAUGAAGCACUUGGUGAAGAUUUAAAGAAUGAUGGAGAACAGGGAUUGACAUUGGAUCCGAAGAAUAUGAAAGUUGCUGAAUUACGUGCAGAACUUGAAGCAAGAAAUUUGCCAUCAAAAGGUUUGAAAAAUCAACUUGUGGCAAGAUUAAUCAAAGCAUUACAAAUUGAAGCUGAUCCAACAUCAAAUGGUGAAGGUGAAGAUGUUGAAAUGAUUACAGAAGAUGCAGGUGAAGCAUCCCAAGAAAAAGCAGCUGAAGACAAUUCAGAAAAGACGAAAGAUGAGAGUGAAGUUGAAAUGAACAUCGCUGAGAUGGAUAUGAGUGAAGUUACGAUAAUUGACGAAUAUGAUUCGACGAAAUGUGAAGAAGAAAAGACGGAGAAGCCUCGUGAUCGUGAAAAGAAGAAGGAAGAACCAAGAAAACUUGAUGAAAAGGAACGACAUCAGAUUGAGAAACGUUACAACUUACCAGAUCAUCCACAAAUAGUUGUUCAUCCUUCAAAGACAGCUAAGAAUGGAAAGUUUGAUUGCACAGCAAUGUCGUUGAGUGUUUUACUCGAUUAUCGUCCAGAAGAUACAAAAGAACAUUCAUUUGAAGUUUCAUUGUUUGCUGAACUAUUCAAUGAAAUGCUGACACGCGACUUUGGUUUUAAUAUCUUCAAAGCCAUAAACUUAUUUCCACCAAUUAAAGCUAAAAGCAAUGAAGAAUCAAAAGAAGAUGAGAAAAAGAAAGAUAAAGAGACAAAGACAGCAGUAACAUCAGGUGAAGGAGAGACAAGUGUUGGAGCUGAUGACAAAUCAAAUGAAUCAAAUGACAAGAAAGAAGCUGACGUUGAAGUCAUUAAGGAAGAAGGAAAGGAAAAGAAGGAUGAGAAGAAACGCCAUCAUCUCGAUGAUUCUGAUGAUAGCGCAGCUGCUAAAUCAGAUCGUAGUCGUUCAAAACGCGACAAAGAUGGAAAAGAAUUAAAAGUUGAACGACCGAAAUAUAUCACAGCUUUUCCAGAUCUCCUUUUGUCGUUUGUUUAUUUCGAUCAAACUCAUUGCGGUUAUAUUUUUGAGAAGGACCUUGAAGAUUUGUUUUAUACGAUUGGUUUGAAUUUAUCACGCUCACAAGUUCGAAAGCUUGUUGACAAGUUUGUCUCACGCGAGUCAUUUUAUUAUCGGAAAUUAACAGAUCGUUUGGCUGACGUUCCUUAUGUGAAUCCAAUGGACAAUGUCACUGAUGAACAACUUGCUGAAAUUGCCCGAGGCAACAAUGUCUCGAAAAUAUCUUCAAAUAAUGUCAGUGGUGGUGACAUUGCUGAUGCUGAAACGACUGGUGGUCUUGUUCAUUUCAACGGUUCACUCGUCAACAUUCAACAAUUGCUCGAUCAAAUGAAACGCUCCGAGGUAGCUCGAGAAAAUACUGAAAAAUUUUUAGUUGAUCUUCGUCAAAAGAACAAUGAUUUAACAAGCAGCAAUAAUCGACAUGAAAAGCGAAUUAAAGAUCUGAAUUCGGAUUUGAAAUCAGUUUCAAGAAAGCUUCAAGAUGCAGAAUCAAGUUUGAGUAGUGCAACUAGAAAGCACAAUGAAUAUUAUUCAGUUUUGAUGAGUAUUCAUGAACGUGUCGCUCCGAUAACUGCCAAGAAUGAAAAGUCACGCGAUCGUUCUGACCGUGAACGCGACCGAAGUGAACGUAAGAAAGAUUCAGAUAAGGAAAAGGAAAAGAAAUCACGCGAUGAAGAUAAGACAAAGGAUUCAUCAAUGAAGGAUGGUCAAGGAAGUGAAGUAAAGAAAGAAUGUCAAACAAUUGAAGUUAAAGACGAGCCAAAAAAAGAAACAAUUAUUGAACCUCAAACUAAUGAGGUGAAGAUGGAAGAUGAAACCUCUUAAUUAUUUUUUUUUUAUUUCUUAUUAUCGCUAUCAUCUUAGAUCAGCGAUUAAAACGUAGAUUUAUUAAUAUUCACAACUUACACAGAUUGUUGAUGUAUCAGAAAAACAUGAUUAUAAAUAAUAAAUUCAAUUGAUUCUAAAACUGA